AUGCCUGGUAUUAGUUUAAACUAUCAUAGUUCAAUAUCAGUUGAUCAAUCGUCAGCAUUUAAUCCUCAACGUAAUCAUUCACCACAACAUUAUUAUUAUCAGUCAGCACAACAACACCAACCAACUCAUUUCUAUCCAUAUCAAUCCCAAUUAUCAUUAACAAAUACAUCGUCAAAUUCUAAUGAUCAACAACAAAAUUCUUCUCAACGGUCACUUCCAUUAUCAACAGAUAUAAAAAAUGAUUCAAAUAAAAAAAAAUCUGAUUGGAAUGAAAUUGAAAUAACUGGAAAUGUUAGAACUCUAUCACCAACAUUAUGGACAUUAUCACAAUUAACUUCUUUAUAUUUAAAUGAUAAUCAAUUGUCACGAUUACCGUCUGAAAUAGCUUGUUUAACAAAUCUAGUCACACUUGAUAUAUCAAAUAAUAAAUUGAGAAAUCUUCCAUCAGAAAUCGGUGAACUGAUAACAUUACGUGAAUUAAAUUUAACGAAUAAUUCUAUACGAAAUUUACCUUAUGAAAUCGGUAAAUUAUUUCGUUUACAGAGUUUAGGAUUAUUGGGAAAUCCAUUGUCAGCUGAAAUUCUUUCAAUUUAUACGGAAUCAAAUGGUUUACAAAAAUUAUUAUCAUAUUUUCUUGAUAAUUUUUCAUCAUCACUGAACGUUACUGAACCACGUCGUGCUACUGUCUCAUGUAAAAAUAUAUUUUCAUCAUCAUCAUCAACACCAUCACCUAAUGAUCGUUCUAUACCGACAUCAUCAUCGUCAUCAUCUCGACGACACGCUAAUAAUAAUUCAAAUUUAAAACGAAAUAUUAAUACGAAUAAUAAUGUAUUUACACGAUCAUCAAAUCAUUCAACAAAAAAACAACAACCAAAAUUAAUCGAUGUUACAAAUAAAAAUCUUUCAAAUGCCAAUGUCUUUCAUAUUCCAUUUUAUGUUGAACAAAUCAAUGAUAAUGGAAAAAAAAUUUUAUCAAACAAUAAUAAUAAUAAUACUAAAUUACUCAGGACACCAUUAAAUCCACUUUCACCAGCAUUCUUUUCUACUCGUCAUAAAUCAUUAUUAUCAGAACAAAAGCAAGAUACUAUACCAAGUUCUUCAAAAGUUCUUCUGUUAUCUGAAACUUCUGAUUAUGGUAGUGGUACUGAUCCUGAUCUUCAAUCAAUACAACAUGUAUCACCAUUAACAGAUUCAUCAGCAUUUACAUUUGAUUUCGAUGAAACAUUUUCAUGUUCAAUAGAUGAUGCUAAUUCUCAUGCAUCACAAACUCGUCGUAUAUCAUUAUCAUCUACUUCAUCGUCUCCAUCAUCAUCAUCUUUAACAUCUCCAUCAUCAAGUAUGAGUAAUCUUUCAUCUUUAUCAUCAUCAUCAGAAAUUCAAACAAAUUUUCUCAAUCAAAAUCGUUUAUCAAAUAAAAAAUUUUCAUCGAUAAAUAAUUAUAAUAAUAAUACAUCGAAUGAUAUGAAUACAUGUUAUUGUGAAAAAGAAAAUCAAUCUAAUCGUAAACGUAAUCGUCUUAAUACCUUUCCAAUACGACGAUAUACAACUACGAAUUACUGUGAAAAUUGUCAAAUUAAACGAACGAAAUUAAAUUCUCGUUCAAAAAUUCAUUCAAAUCGACCACAAAAACCACGUUUGAAUAAUCGAUAUUAUGAUGAAACAUUAACACCAAUUAAAUUUGCUGUUGAUUUAACUGGUCUUAAUGUAAAUUAUACAAUCGAAUAUCUUGACAAUAUAAAAUGUUCAUGUUCAACAACAUUAAUACCAAAUUAUAAUCCAUGUCGUUGUAAAUGUUCAUCGAUAAAUGAAUGGCCAUCAUUUUUAAUGAUGAAUUCAUCGUUUAAUGAAUAUAAUGAUGAUGUAUAUUAUAUUGAUACAAAUAAUAAUCCUUGGAUUCCACCACCAAUCCCAACAGUAUUCAAUUAUUAUGAUUUACAUUUUACAAAACUUCAUGAGAAUAAUCCUUUAUCAAUUUAUUUUGAUGAUAAUUCUAUUAUUGAAGCUAGUCCAUAUUUACCAACUUAUUAUCUUCGAUCUAUUCAACCACCACCAACACGAUCAUGGCUUCGUUUAGCAUCACCAAAUACAACACAACCAACCGCGAUAUUUACAGUAAUGAAUUACAAUAUACUUUGUGAUAAAUAUGCAACUAGACAUGUUUAUGGCUAUUGUCCAUCAUGGGCAUUAAAAUGGGAUUAUCGACGAAAACAAAUACUCGAUGAAUUACGUUCAUAUGCAGCUGAUAUUAUUGCUUUACAGGAAAUCGAAACUGAUCAAUUUCAUUUAUACUUUUUACCUGAAUUACAAAAAAUUGGUUACGAUGGUGUGUUCAGUCCAAAAUCACGUGCCAAAACUAUGUGUGAACAAGAUCGUCGAUUUGUUGAUGGUUGUGCUAUUUUUUAUCGAACAUCAAAAUUUCGUUUAAUCAAAGAUUAUCUUGUUGAAUUCAAUCAAUUAGCAAUGUCAGCUGCAAAUGGUCCAGCUUGUCAUGAUAUGAUGAAUCGUGUUAUGACUAAAGAUAAUAUUGGUCUUGUUGCUUUUCUUGAAACUAAAGAAGAAAUUUAUUCUCAUACAUUUUCCAAUGGUGUUUUACCAUCUGAACAUAAACAAAUGUUAUUUGUCUGUACGGCACAUAUUCAUUGGGAUCCUGAAUAUUGUGAUGUUAAGGUUGUACAAACAUUAAUGUUAUUAUCAGAAUUAAAAACUAUUAUGGAAGAUGCUAUGCAAAAACAUCGACCAAAUUCGAAUAAUACACCAAUUGAUUGUUCAACAGUGCCAUUAGUUCUAUGUGGUGAUUUUAAUUCAUUGCCAGAUUCAGGUGUUAUUGAAUUAAUGCGUAACGGAAAAAUUUCAUUGAAUCAUGCAGAUUUUAAAGAUUUACGUUAUGAAUCCUAUUUACAAAAGAUUAGUCGUGUUGAUGUUAAUUCAACACAGAGUACAGAUAUUGUACAUCAUUUUAAAUUACAAUCAGCUUAUGAAACAACAUCGUCACCAAUUAUGCCUUAUACAAAUUAUACAUAUGAUUUUAAAGGUAUUAUUGAUUAUGUAUUUUAUUCAAUACAAUUAAUGCGUGUACUUGGUGUAUUGGGACCACUUGAUCCUGAAUGGUUACAACAAAAUAAAAUUCUUGGUUGUCCACAUCCAAAUGUACCAUCGGAUCAUUUUUCAUUACUUGUAGAAUUUGAACUUAAUCCAAUAACGAACGAUUUAUCAACAACUAAUAAUUCGAAAACUUCAACGACACCUAUUCUUACAAGAAGACAAUAA